UCUUCAGGAGAAGCUGAGGUGAGAAAAGGACCAUGGACGAUGGAAGAAGAUCUAAUUCUUAUCAACUAUAUCGCCAACCACGGCGAUGGCGUUUGGAACUCUCUCGCCAAAUCUGCAGGUCUAAAACGCACCGGAAAAAGUUGCCGACUCCGGUGGCUGAACUAUCUCCGCCCCGACGUGCGACGAGGAAACAUCACGCCGGAGGAGCAACUUAUCAUCAUGGAACUUCAUGCUAAGUGGGGAAACAGGUGGUCAAAAAUCGCUAAACACCUUCCAGGAAGAACCGACAACGAAAUCAAGAAUUUCUGGAGGACAAGAAUCCAAAAAUACAUCAAACAAAGUGAUGUAACAGCAACAACAACGUCAUCCGUUGGAUCUCACCAGAGCUCAGAAAUCAAUGAUCAAGCUGCAAGCACGUCGAGCCAUAAUGUCUUUUGUACACAAGAUCAAGCGAUGGAGACUUAUUCUCCUACACCAACGUCGUAUCAACAUACGAAUAUGGAAUUCAACUACGGAAACUAUUCGGCGGGUAACUAUUCGGCAGCAGGGGCAACGGCAACGGUGGACUUUCCGGUACCGAUGACCGUUGAUGAUCAACCCGGUGAAAACUAUUGGGGCAUGGAUGAUAUUUGGUCAUCAAUGCAUUUACUCAAUGGUAAUUGA